AUGCCGGAUUUCUUCGAAGUCUACUUGAUAUCAGACCAAUUGGUCUCCCAAUUCUUCCUCAAUGCCGUUCCGGAUCCAUCCUCCCCGGUCGAUGCUCACAACGUCCAUAUUCUCGACGACGGCUAUUAUAUCGUUUCUCGUAGUCGGUGCACCUCACAUAUUGCCCUGUCCGGUGGACUCCCGGGUGGCAGCGGACGACGGGAAGUCGACGAUGAAGCGCCGGAAGUGUCCGAUGCCCCGAACGAACGAUGA